AUGUUUAAAAUCGACGAUGACGUCAUAGCCUUCCCAAAGAAUAUUGUCGACUACGCAAUCAGUCUUGAGGCACAGAAUAAGACGGUCGUCUACGACGGAUUCAGAUCGUAUAAUCAGUUCUUUUCGCGUAAAAAAGGAAAAUGGGCGAUCCCCUACGAGGUUUACAGAAAUAAAACAGUUCCGCCUUACAACUUGGGAUUUGCGGUCCUGUUUUCGCAGGAAGCGAUCAACGCCAUCUAUCGGGCGUCAUUCCAUGUGCCGCGAGUCUACGGUACUCCGCGUCAGAGGUUUCCCGUUGAGGACGUCUUCACGGGGAUCUGCGCGAAGUAUGCUGGGAUAAAACCGAGGCGAAACCGCCAAUUUCUUAUCAAUGUCCGUCAGUUACGUCAUAGAUCGAAGGUCAACCAAUGUGCCAUUUUGUCUGUUCUUGCUAUUCACGGUCUUAGAGAUUACAAACUUGAUAUUUACCACCAUGAAAGUGAGGAUUUAAGGCGAAAGAACUUGUGUCCUGACCCACCCGAUAUGUUUUGA